CACAAAGUCAAAAAGAGGGGUCUAAAAUUACAAGCGGUGAGCUAUUAAGCGAGUUAUGUAAGCAUGUUCGUGUCGCCGACACCUAUAAUUAUCAAAGUAUAAAACGUAAAAUUUUAAUUCGGAAUUAAGUAAAGAAAAGUAAAAUAAUUGCAGUUGUAAUUAAGGCUUUUAAACGAUUCAUGCCAAGGUCUCUGCACUUGGGGGUUGCUUUGGAGAUGAAUUCGAAUCUAUCAGUCUUACGCCGCACAAUGCGUUGUGGUCUCGAGCCUGUGUAUUCAUGUAAACCGUGGUACGCUCAGGUUCAUACAAAAUUUACCACCAUUUACAUAAGUACACAGAUCAUAGUGGUAUUUACAUAAAUAGGUAUAUAUGUGGGUUGAAGUGCUUGGCGCACGUGUUGUGGAUUAAGGCAAAUUAUUUGAAGUGUAAUUAUCCGAAAUGUUUAAUAUUUAGGAUAAAAAUCUACAUACUUAAGCCCUGACCAUGAAAAUUCAACUAGAGUUGUGGGGGUGUUUAGCGUUUUAUCCACCUAUGGACACACAUACAUGCGUUGAUUAUAUGUAAAUUUGCUGCUAUGAUUUUCAUGAUGAUACUGCAAAUAUUUAUUAAUAGAAAACAAUUUAUAAAAGGUUUUAUAUUAUAUAUGCAUUAAACAAAAGGAUAUGCAAAUAUGUAAACGAAUAUAAAUGAACGUCCAUACUUACGGAUACGUCAACCAACUAUGGCAUAUAUCGCAUGUAUUUAAAUUGAGCAUGUCAGCAUAAAUAUCUUGCGAAAUUUCACAAAACUCUUGCUGGAAAAUCAUAGAAUUUUUUCGUUUAUGCUGUGGGAAUUUAUUCGGUAAAUGUUCUUUGGAAAUUGUAAGUAAUCCGCAGAAGCCACAUUAAAAUAGGACAACAGAAUUCCAUGUACAGAUUAGCGAAAUCAUAUUUUGCGAUUGUGAAGCUUCGCAUCGCAAGUUUGCUAAGUUAAUUGCGAUGUUUAAUAAGACGUCCUGAGUAUGUAUGUAUUUAUUAAGUAUGUACUUAUACAUAAAUAAGCCAAUGAAUUCUUAAAUUUUUUCAAUCGUAUUAGUUUUGUCAAACAUAUAUACAUAUGUACACAUUUAUCAAGGUCAGAGUUCAUUGAUAGAUCACGCCGCCGUGACAAUAAUGAUCGUAAUCAAGAUAAUUGUUGUCCGAUUGUGUGAUAAGAUAUUGAUAAGUUAUAUAAACUCCGUACAAUUAAAGAUAUUAUUGUAAAUACCUACUUAAAACUCUCCUCUUAAAUUUAAUUGCUUCAUUUAAGUACUACUUAACACAAAAAUGCGACGGCAAUAACUUCAUACAAUAGUAAUUUUUCAUUGUUAUACAAAUCUGGCAAAUUAUAAAAUUAUUUACUUAAUUUACACUACAGAUCUGAGAAAAAGUUGUUAUCACGCUAGUGAAAUUUAAAAAUGUUACGUUUCUGUACAAUUCAUCCUCACCUAAUUUUAAUAUUUGCUACAAUAAUACCUCACAGCAAUUCAACAACUUUGGAUCGUCAGAGUUCGAUAAGUUUUUCAAAUCGGGAACAGCUCGACCCUUCUGAGCGGGUGUGGUUAGGGUGGGAAUAUGUCGCUACAAAGGCUACCAUAAUAUUUGAGCUGGAAGUGUUCAGCAAUGGGUUCGUUGGGCUGGGAAUUUCGCCCGAUGGUGGGAUGACAGGUGCGGAUAUUUUCCUCGCCGGAGUGUAUCCCGAUGGGCGAAUUUAUUCUUCGGACCGCUUCGGAGUGGGACACACCGUACCGAGGAACGAUUCCAGGCAGGAUUGGGUUUUAAUUGACGCCCAGGAAUCCGCUGGAAGGACAUUUGUCAAGUUUUCGAGACUGCUUGACACUGGGGAUGACGAGGAGGAUGUGUCGAUUGGGGUGGGUCCUGUUCACGUCCUGUAUGCAUAUGCAUAUACGGAUGAUCUGCAAUAUCAUGGACGAGCUCAGAGAGGUUCCAAAGUGAUUGUAUUUAUUGAAGAUGGAACAACUACGACUGAAGCGACAACGACGUCAACUUCAACGCCAACUACGCCGGUAGUAUCAACUUCAUCUACGGUAACAACAACUUCGACUACAGUGACGACAACUACAAAGAGCACGACGGAUGAAACUAGCACUCAGGCAGCAACUACUCCAACAACCACACCCACACCCACCCCCACGACUCAAGAGAGUACUAUUAUAACCACAGAAUUUAGCCACACCACGACCCACCACCCGACCACAACCAUGCAACUAACGACUCAUUAUCCGACGACUGAAACCACUGCUUCUUCCAAAUCAGGUGGAUACGUGAUAUGGGUGGUGAUUGGUGUCUUUGGUGUGUUACUGGUUUUCUUGGCAAUUGGCGUUGCAUACGGUCUCAUUUCUCGGAGAAAGUUUAUAAAAGGUGAUAAUAAAGUCGUGUAACGAUCAAUUUGGCCAACUAUGUAUUUGCGUAUUUAUUCAGUUUAAACCCAUAACUGACAUUUCUAAUCAACUGGGGAAGCAGAUUAGAAUUGCCGUACAUCAUUUGUUACCAAAGCACGAGAAUGCACAUUUCUGACCACACCUCACAUAAAUGUAUACAAUCAUUGUAGGUCGAAAUGAUAAUGAUUUCUUAAAUCCUCGCCAUAAAUGACGCCUAAAACUAUCAAAAUUAAAAUUUUCACUCCGUACAUAACUCCACCCCGUCUAAAUUGAAGUCUAAAAACGUUGUUCUUAUUCCCAAAAAUUGUAAAAAAAA